AUGCAAGCUUUGUUUGUUCAUCUUUCUAGCAUCAAGGGUGUCAGCCCCAAGGUGUGGAAGGUGCUGCAGCUUCUCCGUCUUUGCCAGAUCUUCAAUGGCAUCCUUGUCAAGCUGAACAAGGUCUCCAUCAACAUGCUGAGGAUUGCAGAACCUUACAUUGUGUGGGGGUAUCCCAACCUGAAGUCUGUGCAUGAGUUAAUUUACAAGCGUGGCUAUGGGAAGAUCAAGAAACAGCGCAUUCCACUGACGGACAACGUCCUCAAGGAUAAAACUCUUGGAAAACAUGGAAUUAUCUGUGUUGACUUGAUCCAUGAAAUUUACACUGUUGGAAAGAACUUCAAGGCUGCAAGCAACUUUCUAUGGCCCUUAAAGCUCUCCUCCCCUUGUGGGGGUAUGAGUAAGAAGACCACUCACUUUGUUGAGGGAGGCGACGCCGGCAACAGGGAGGAUCAGAUCAACAGACUCAUCAGGAGGAUGAACUAA